AAGACGUAUGGGUUAGAAAGUUGUGGGCAUGCUAUGUUGGCGCCAGAAGUGUGGCGACACUUGCGGGCUGCCCCCCAGAGCACUCUCUGCAAAGAUGUAUGUCACUGUGUGUUUCCAUGUACAAGUGACUGAUAAAGAAAUCAAUAUCAUAUCAAAUCAAAUCAAAAUGUGGAGUACUAGAGAGCAUGCAUUUAAGGUGAGAGGGGGUAAUUUUGAAGGAGAUGUGCAGGAUAUUUUUUUUACACAGAGUGUGGUGGGUGCUGGAAUGUGCUGCCAGGGGUGGUGCUGGAGGCAGAUACGAUAGAGGCGUUUAAGAAGCUCUGAGAUCGGCACAUGAAUGUGCAGAGAAUGGAGGGAUCUGGACCAUGUGCAGGCAGAAGGGAUUAGGUACUGUUAGCUUAAUUAGUUUGGCACAACGUCAUGGGCCGAAGGGCCUGUUCCUGUGCUGCAUUGUUCUGUGUUCUAUGUUCUAACCUGCCGAGUUCCACGACCUUCAGCAGGACUUCUACACAAAAGGUCUAUGCUUGCUCUAAUGUGCUCAGUGCAGGGGAAGCUGCUACAUGACUGUAACCCUUUACCUUCCCCAGGUGACUGCCUGGAGUGAUCUGUGAGUGCAGCGGGCAAGGUGACGAGCACACACUGAAGCUGACAGGAUUGCAGGACAUGGGACCUAGAGAGUUCGGGGAAGAGAACAGUAUUAUCCUGAAACAUAUCGACAUGGUAUGGAAACUCCAAUGCACAGGAACGCAAGAGGCUACAGAGAGCCGUGGAGAAAAGCAGGCGGUCAACGUUUUGGGUCAGGGCCCUUCUUCAGGACUGAAGGGCUGCAAGGACAAGCCAGGGAACCACAGGCUGCUGAACCUGGCAUCAGUGGUGGGAACGUUGUUGGAGAGGAUUCUGAGAGACAGGAGCUAUCUGCAUUUGGAAAGAUAAGGAGGAUGGCAGCCCUCUGUAUAAAGGGAAAUAGGUUCUACAGACCAUCUACUGUCCUCACUUCCUAGUUGGCUCGGACACUUGGGAACAAGAGAUGAAGAGCCUUCUCGUCCUUCUUGCCAUUUGUGCAAUCAGCUCUGCUGACGUCUCAGGUCCAUCAGGUCUCCUGCUUAAGUCCUUGCUGUUCCCUGAAAAUUCAGACAAUGGCUAUGUGAUCAUCCAGCCCAAGAAACCGAUGAAACUGAGUGCCUGGACUCUGUGCAUGAAGCUACUGACUGACUCCCAGAGCACCAUGUCCAUCUUCUCCUACGCAACCACUGCUCAUCAGAACCAGAUCCUCGUGGAGAUGGCCAACGACCGGCUGAAAGUUCACCUGGCUGACCAACGAGUUGACUACAGGGUGCCCGUGGGCUUGGUGGGAUGGACCCCGGUCUGCGUCACUUGGGACUCGGCCACUGGGCGGACCGUGGUCUGGGUUAACGGAACACGGACCAUGAACAAGAUCUCCAGUCAGGGAAAGGGGGUGGUGGCGGAGGGGUCGGUGAUUCUGGGGCAAGAUCAGGACACCGUCGGUGGGGGCUUCGACAAGAAGCAGAGAUACGUGGGUGAGCUGACAGACGUGAACAUGUGGGACACUGUGCUCCAACCGUGUGAGAUGCCCGUCCGCAGUCAUAAUGCUAGGGGGAAUGUGAUAGACUGGACAACUGUUCAAUAUGAGAUCAAGGGGAAUGUGAUCAUCAUUGAUCUGACUGAGUAGGAGCCCUGAGGGGCCUCAGACAGGACCAACAGUAACGUCAGGCAAUGACACGGUUCCAUCCGAGCACUGAGCCACAACCUCAUCGUCCUCCGCGGGUGAAGUGUGUGUGCCUGCUGUGGGGCACAGAUCUAAUCAA